CAGGAACACCCCUGUCCGUGGCUGCGUGCGUGGCAUACUCGCAUACUCAGUGGCUGCGUCGGCAAAAAGUAUCAUACUGGCACAAACCGCGACUGCUACGUAUUAGUAUUUGUUAUUGCCUACUGCGGAGCGAGAGCCUCCCACCCUCCCGACCAUGCAGACCUGCUACAACUGCGGGUGUCAGGAGAUGGCCAUCAAGCGGCUUGGGGGGCUGAAGGAGGGGCAGCGGCCCUGGUCGGUCAAAGUCUGCAACGACUGCUUGACGACCUGGAACCGCGACGUCUCCGCCGCCAACGUGAUCCGUGUGCUCCUCCUGCUGAAGCUGAUGGGCUUCGAGCGGCCGACCAAGCUGCAGCGGCCGCCAUGGCCGCCGGCGGCGGCGGGGCCGGGCUGAGAGCCUGAACGGCGCUAGCAGGGCGUGGGGCUGAGGGUGCACGUGUCGAUUGGCGGCGAGUGACGUGACUAGUUUGUUAGCUGCGGGUUAGCACGGACUGUGCACCCCACCCAACCGGCCACGUCCGGAUUUGCGGGGAUGCCAAAGGCCCCCAACAUAGAGGCGUGUGCUUUGUAGGCGCCCGCGUCAAGGUGGCUGGGUUGAUAACGACCCGGGA